AUGGAUCCAGCAGCCAUGCCACCCCUGUGCCCAGAUGUUCAGCUCUUGUGUCUUCGUCAAGGAGAUCGUCUGAUCGAGUACUAUGUAAGACUUUCUGGAGCUGGCACUCGUAUGGAUGAAUUGUGUUUAGCAAUCUUUUUCCGCGGGGGGUUAUCUAAACCCAUCCGGUCGUUGAUGCCUGACCAUGAUCCUCACGGGACGGUACACCAGCAUAUUGACCUGGCCCUUUUGCUGAGUGGUUCAACUUUUACUGUGGGCUUGGCGGACGAAGAACCCCGUGAACCCGCAGUACCCCCUGAGCCUAAAUUCCUUCAUGUUGGUCCUGCUGAGACUGACCUGCCGGAACUUAUUCCUGCUGAGCCCUCAUUUCACGUCAGCCACGUCCAGCCAGAGCUUCACGUCAGCCACAUCCAGCCAGAGUUUCACAUAAGCACCUGCUUCAUUACUUACCCCUGGCUUUCCGAAGAGGAGACAGACAGUUUUAGCCUAGAAAAUUUUAAUUCAAUAAAAUACUUUUAUACUUUGUCUGGUUCCGUGGUGUCUCUGGGUAACUCCUCGAGGUGGUACGCUCACAGGGGUGGUCUGGAAAGAUUCCUGGAGCAACAACCGGCCAUCUGCCCAACCCUGCUCUCAAGUGAAGUCAGGAAGACCGAGAAAGAUCUGUGCACACUGACUGAGUCAGACGUGACAACAACUGAAGAAGUAGUCAGCGCUCUGAAGCCUAUGAAAGAGGCUACACAGUACAUGUCCAAGGAGAAGACCCCCACACUGUCAGUCGUUGCACCCCUCCAGGACACACUGAUCAACGGACUGAAACCGAUCGAAGGUGAAUCUGCAGUCAUAAAAGAGAUGAAGGCUGCCAUGGCUGGGGAUCUUCAGAAGAGGUACAUUGAUUUCAAGGCAACACUCCGUUCAUGUUCAGCGAUGGAUCCAAGAUUCAAAAGUCUUCCCUUCCUGACUGAAGAUGAAAGACAGGAAGUUUAUGAUGGACUGAUUGUAGAGGCUGCAAGACUGAGCAUGCAGCCAUCAGAGUCACUUUGGAGUGUGGAUGAAGAGGGCACAGCAAAUGCUCAUGCUGAUGAUGAGGGGAUGGCAUCUAAAGAAGAUGAAGACGCUGUGGAUGAAGGAGAGCAAUUCAUGGAAGGAGUGAGCAGUCAAGGUCAGUAUCCUCCACCCAGGAAUCCAAGGCUGUCUUAUCCACUGGCUGCCCUUCUUGGUGAACGAUACGGUGGUGGUGCAGCACGAACCAAGAAAAAUACCCAAGAGGACGAGGCCAAGGAGCAGAUGACCUGCUACAAGGAGGCAGAUCUCCUGGAAGUUAAAGAAGAUCCACUGUUCUGGUGGAAGAAGCACCAAUAUCAGUAUCCACUCUUGUCACAACUUGCUAAAAGUUACCUCUGUAUACCUGUGUUUCCUCUGAGAGGGUCUUUUCCACAGCCGGAGAUAUCAUCACUGCUCAGAGAAGUGGACUUCUCCCAGAGCAUGUGGAUCAAAUUAUUUUCCUGA